UCAAAGGCGGCAGCUUUUGUACUUUGUCGUCAGUGAAAGCAGGCUCAUCUUUACUCCACUGGCUUGAUCCUCUCUCUCGCUCUCUCUCCCUUCUUCUUCCGGCAUUCUGUGUCAGAUUACCGGUGGUUUCUUAACAACAACAUGGUACAGUCGAAGAAGUUCCGAGGAGUCCGGCAGCGCCACUGGGGCUCCUGGGUCUCUGAGAUAAGACAUCCUCUCCUGAAGCGAAGGGUGUGGCUUGGCACCUUCGAGACGGCAGAGGAGGCCGCCCGAGCCUACGACGAGGCCGCGGUGCUCAUGAGCGGACGCAACGCGAAGACCAACUUCCCGGUGCCCCGCACCCCGGAGGGCGACGCCACCGCCGACGCCUCCUCCAAGGCCCUGUCGGAGGUCCUCAGCGCCAAGCUCCGCAAGUGCUGCAAGACCACCCCCUCCUCCUCCCUCACCUGCCUCCGGCUCGACACCGAGAAGUCUCACAUCGGGGUGUGGCAGAAGCGCCCCGGCACCCGCGACAGCUCCAGCUGGGUCAUGACCGUGGAGCUCGGCAACGCGAGCCACGGCCGACAAGACGCCGGGGAGGCGAUGAUGGCGCCGACGUCGCCCCUCGCUGUGGAGGGGGCGUCGUCCCAGGAGGCGGUCGGAGGGAUGGACGAGGAGGAGAGGCUGGCGUUGCAGAUGAUAGAAGAGCUCCUCGGCAGGAACCGCCCAAACUCUCCCUCCCAUGCAGGGAUAGAAGGUGAAGACAGCAUUUUCCUCUAGUGGCCAUGGCAGCUGAAGCCGACUCAGUUUGGUUGGAUGCUUUGUUUGUGAAUACAACCAUAUAUGGAUCAGUAGAUCCACCUCGCCAUUAGCCCCUUAAUCAGUCUCCCUCAACACGUCAACCACUGCAAGCACCCA